CGGAAGCGUCUCCAAAUUUUUGGUUUUCGCCAGUAACCAUAUUGCGAGUUUUAAUAGCGGCGGUUAUUUAACUUUAUUUGUUUUCAGAAGAAAUUACGUAAUAUUUGUAUUUUGCUAAAUUUAUCCGCAUCGAUUUAAUACUACUAUACUUGUUACUUACAAACUCGUAAAAAAGUGCUAAAUAAUAGUGUUUUUUACAGAAUAUGAAUACAUAGUUGUGUGCAAAUUAAAAAAAAAAUACGAUGAGUUCUAUUUCACUGCCCCAAUCUAUACAGAGCCGAAAUUUCCAUAAUACCGCGAGUAAAGCUAUAAAAUAUUUAUCUUUGAACUCAAAGUCUUCUAAUCAAAAACUACAACCACGGCCCUCAACUUUAUCCCUUAAUGAUUUUCCGAAAAUAUUGAACAGAAAUGGGAGUAUAGCAAGCAACCACUUUCGCGGAGUCCACAGGCAUUUGAUUGAACAAUAUGCUACGUCUGCAUGCCAUUUAAUGACUGUUGAAGAUCUUUACGAAGAAAUUCUCUUUCAAAUAUGCAAUCAUUUUGGAUGUGAAACCAAUGACGUGUGUUCAGAAAACCUUAUGAAAUUUGUGCAAGAAGUAUUUAAGAUCUCCGACACAAAGCAUGAUGAAAUUGCAAAAUUAGCAAUGCAAAAGGAACCUCCCAAAUUGCGCCUCAAUGUGGAAGUCAUAAAAGCGGAAAAUUUGCUGUCAAAAGAUGCCAACGGUUUCUCUGAUCCCUUUGCUACUCUGUAUUUGGAAUCAAAUGCAACACAUCGCUAUAAUUCAUCUGUAAAGCAUACUACGCUGAAUCCGAUUUGGGAGGAACAUUUUUCAUUACCUAUCACGGAUAACCCCAAAGAUGAAGUACUUAUAGUAGAAAUAUGGGAUUUCGAUGCUGCGGAAACUGUUAAGGAAAAAGUAAAUAAGCUAUUUGAUGUGAAAGGUGUUAAAGGCCUCAGUAAACUUAUGAAGGAAAUCGCACAAACGGCAUCCACGGGAAAACAUGACAACGAAUUAAUUGGACGUGCAGCAAUCACUCUAAAAUCAAUUCCAACGUCAGGCCUAACUGUGUGGUACAAUUUAGAAAAGGGCUCUAGAACCAAAAGUCGUGGAUCGGUUUUAGUUAGUAUGACCUUAAGUGCCGAAAAAAACAAACGUGUUGCUAUUCAAGAGCACAGACAUCUUUUAAAUCUACUAUUAGUGCACGAGUUGGAUGCCUCUCAAGUAGCCGAAUACUGGUGGAAUGGCAAAUUUAAUUCAAAUGCAGAGCUAAUUCGAUCGCAGCAUGCAGUUCAAAGUGGCCUUACUAACUUCGAUUGCGCUCUUAGCCAAUGGACAGUGUAUUCAAAAAUCCAUGAGAAUCAUAAGCUCAGCUUUACGCUUUUCAAUGACCUUCUCGAUAUUAUUAUUCCGAUUCUGAAGGUUUUCCAAACUGAUUCAGAAAAUAUAAAAGAAUUUUGGGAUGGAGCGAAGAGAAUUUUACCAUCAUGCUUCUCAAUCGUGCGCAAAAUACGGGCGAGAAAUGUCAGUGAUAAACAUAUAGUUAGCACAUUAUGCGAAGUCUUAGAUAUUAUUUCGAAAAUCCAAACACUUGGAGACCCUGUGUGUGAAAUAUUUCCCCAAAAUGUAUAUGGCUUUAUCUCAACAACAGCUCAAAAUACGAAUAACGUUGAUGAAGUGCUGAUAGAAGUAAUAAAUACUGGUACUAAGGAAUGGUUAGAGUACCUAAUAGAAGGUAGUAAACCAACUGCGGGUGAUGAGUCAACGGACGAAGAAAACUUGCAAUUUUUAAUAAAACUCAUACAAAUGGUGCGGUCUGAUUUACAAAGAGCGAUGGAAUAUUUUGAUAAACACUUUUAUCACAAACUAAGAAUAAACUAUUCAGCUAUUAUAUUCAAGUAUUAUGAUGCAAAUAUCUUUGAUAUUUGUAAAAGCAACGUAGAAGACGUAUGUUCGCAUAUAAAAAGACUGGAAAUAUCUGAAGAGACAUUUGAGUAUCCACGUGCCUUGAAUACGUCAGCCUUAAACAUGGGAACAACACUCUUUGAACUUUAUUUAGUACUAAAGCGGUUUGUUACCUUAGGUAAAUCACUAUGUGCGAAUGACGAGCUCGCACUAGAGAAAUUUUAUUGUUGGUUUAUGACUGGUGUUACGCAUUGGCUCGAUAUUUCAAUUGUUAAGGCGUUGAGUCGUAUUGACAAAGCUAUUGAGCUGGAUCAGUUACAAGCUGUUGAUGACGCCGUGAAAUAUAGCUCCUCUGCAGUGGAUACUCUCGCAAUAUUUUAUCAAAUAAAGAUAUUCUGGCAGCAACUAGAUUGGCCGGAUGUGGAAGGAUCAUACACCUUUGUGGCGAAAAUUAUCGAUGACGUUUGCCGUUGCUGUGUAUUUUAUUCCAAAAGGAUGUCGCGUCAUGUUGAAUCUCAAACUAUAGACACCGAUUUAUUCAUUGUUUCUCCUGAAUGGUGUUUCGCAAUUAAUAACAUCGAUUAUAUUAGACAAAGCUUACCUACAUUCAUUAAGGAGUUGGGUACGGAUGACCUUAUAAAAAAAAUAUCUGACUUCCGAACGAAUCUCGACGCUGAUCGUUGUGCUAGUACAAUUAAGUGUUUAAUCGACAAUGCUUUGGAUACACAAAAGAAUCAAAUUUUAGAGCUCAUUGAUAUUGUAGCCAGGAGAAUGGCACCAUCGAUUAAACGAUUUUUAGCUGAAGGCGCUGAGGUUUCACAUAAAGAUUCCAAUUCCAUGGAAAAGCUUAUGAUGUACUUGGAAUCAUCGUUAAAAACAUUAUAUGACACAUUAAAUGAGCUUAACUUCGCACGAAUUUUAGAUGCGAUUUGGAAUGAGCUAUCUGUUGUAAUGUACGACCUUAUACAAUUCAACUUAGAUAAACGACGUCCACCUUCGUUUUUCCGAAACUUAAAACAAACAUUAAGUGUGAUGACAUCAUGUUUUAAAAUUGGAAAUAUUGUAACUUCAGACAUCGAGGUAUUGCAAGAAGUUGAAAAAGUAUUGGAUUUACACGCAUUUGAAACGGCCGAUUUAAUUCAUCAGUAUUAUAUUGAACUGCUAGGACACCAAAAAAGUAUUUCGUGCUCUGAAUUUGGUCAACUCACAAUAAAAGCUAACUUUACCGAAACAGAUCUAGUUAUUUAUAUAUUAAAUGGAAGAAAUUUGGUGCCUAUGGAUCCAAAUGGAUCCUGCGACUCAUUCGUCAAAAUUCAUUUUUAUCCGACGAGUCGAUUUCCUAAUGUACCAUCAUAUAAAACUUCCGUUCACCAUAAAACUCGAUUUCCUUUAUAUGACGAAAUAUUUACAAUCAAUUUAACGGAAGAACAACUUUCUCAUCACAAUAGUCUGAUUUUAUUCAGCAUAAAAGACAGAGACCUUUUUGGUAUGUCUAGCCAAUAUAUUGCCGAAUGCUAUAUUACCUUUGCCGAUCUAAUGGCAAAUGAGAAUGAACAAAUACACAUGGAGUUAUCUCGACCGCAGUACAUGGAAUCAGAAACUAUUCGUGCAUUGGAAUAUCGACAGGGCGAUAAGCAAGCGCGAGAUUUUAUAAAAAAAUUAAAAAAUAAAAUGUAAAUUUCCAGCGCUUACAGCUUGUAGGAUAUUAAAAGUUCGAUUAUUUUUUCUUAAAUUUAAUUGACUCGGUUUUCGAUGAAGCGAACAAAUGGUUUUUUAUGCGUUUUUCCAUACUAUUGAAGGUUGAAUUGAAAUAUUUUAUUGAUAUACUUGUAAGAGAAAAUACACGUAUUUACAUUAAAAAA